AUGGGGUCCAUCUUCCGGUCGGAGUACAUGAGCCUCUGCCAGGUGUUCCUGCAGACCGACUCGGCCUACGCUUGUGUGGCCGAGCUGGGAGAGCUUGGAUUGGCGCAGUUCCGGGAUCUAAAUGCGGAGGCGAGCACCUACCAGCGGAAGUUCGUCAAUGAGGUCCGACGAUGUGAUGAAAUGGAGCGGAAGCUGCGCUACAUCGAGGAAGAGGUCACGAAAAACGAGAUCCAGGUCGAUGAUGCCAGCUUCCACAUCAAGGCCCCGCAGCCGAAGGAGAUGGGAGAGCUCGAGGCCAACCUCGAGAAGAUCGAGGACGAGCUCCUCCAGAUCAACUCCAACACAAAGACGCUGCAGCGCAACUACACCCAGCUGAUGGAGAUGAAGGCCGUGCUCGACAAGGUCAAGCUGCUGCUCGACUCGGAUGCUCGUGCUCAAGCUGCCAUGUCGAUUUCCGAAGCCUCUCGAGGGGAAGCUGGCCCUAUCCAAGUCGGUGUCGCCCCAAAGUUUGUCGAUUUCGAGAAGGAGAACCGCGGAGAUACCGAACUUAAGUUCAUCACCGGUGUCAUCGACCUGGCCAAGACAUCUGCCUUCGAGCGUUUCAUGUGGCGCAUGUGCCGCGGAAAGGUCUACGUCCGCACGAUGAACGUCGAGAUCCCACCGCCGCUCGGCAGCCUCGACCCGGCUACGUUCAAGUCGGUGUUCAUCCUCUUCUUCUCGGGAGAGGCUUUGUCGGGCAAGGUCAAGAAGAUUUGUGCAGGCUUCCACGCCGAAAUCUACAACUGCCCGGACAACGUCGUCGAGCGGGCCCAGCUGGGCACGAAAGUGCAGAUGCAGGUGGAGGACAUGAAGUCGGUGCUCGGCAAGACAAUUGAUCAUCGCCAGCGAGUGCUUCAUGCGGCUGGGAAGAAUGUGAAGUUGUGGAGCUACAAGGUCCUGAAGAUCAAGUCCAUCUUCCACACCCUCAACAUGUUCUCCAUCGACGUCACCCAGAAGUGCCUGAUCGCCGAGUGCUGGGUGCCGACGGUCGACCUCCCCCAAAUCAAUGAUGCUCUUCGUGCCGGAACUGCCAUGUCCGGAGCGACCGUGAUGCCGGUGCUCAACGAGAUGGAGACGCACGAGACCCCGCCCACCUACUUCAAGCUGAACAAGUUCACCAUUGGAUUCCAGAACAUCGUCGACGCCUACGGUAUUGCCAACUAUCGCGAGGUCAACCCAGCCCCUUGGACGAUCAUCACCUUCCCCUUCAUUUUCGCCUGCAUGUUCGGAGACGCUGGACACGGAAUUGUGAUGCUCAUUGCCGCCGGAUUGUUCUUGGUCUUUGAGAAACGGAUCAUCGAGGCGAAGGUUAAGGAUGAGAUCUUCAACACGUUCUUCGGCGGUCGCUACGUCAUCUUCUUGAUGGGCCUAUUUUCGAUAUAUACAGGCGUGCUCUACAACGAUUUCUACUCAAAAUCGAUCAAUAUUUUCGGCAGUCAGUGGUUGAACCCAUAUACUAUGGCGGAGCUGAACGGCACCGAGGUGCUGGGCGCCAACUCGGACCAGGACCUUGACUUCACCUUCAGCCCCAACGAGGCCUUCAAGCACUCUGAAGGCCCAUAUCCCUUCGGCCUCGACCCAGUUUGGAACCUUGCCAAGAAUCGCUUGAACUUCCUCAAUCCAAUGAAAAUGAAGAUGUCGAUUUGCAUCGGAAUUAGUCAGAUGUUUUUCGGUGUUGUGUUGUCGCUGCUUAACCAUACCUACAACCGAUCAGCCAUCGACAUCUUCUUCGUGUUCAUCCCCCAAAUGCUGUUCCUCUGCUGUAUCUUUGUGUAUCUAUGCAUACAGGUUAUCAUCAAGUGGAUCUUCUUCUGGGCCGAGCCGAAGAUGAUCUUUGGCCAAUAUUACCCAGGCAGUAACUGCGCUCCAUCGCUUCUUAUUGGCCUGAUCAACAUGUUCAUGAUGAAGUCCCGCGAGGUCGGCUUCGUCAAGGGCAACCACGCACCGGCCGACGGUAUCCCGAAGGUUGAGGACCAGCUCGACCAGUGCUACUUGCAGCUAUGGUACCCUGGACAGGGAACCGCCGAAAUGAUCCUGCUCGCCAUCGCCGUCAUCUCCAUCCCAGUCAUGCUGCUCGUGAAGCCCCUCGUUCAGCUGGCCCAGCACAAGGCGGGCAAGCCUAUCUCUGGAGGCCAUGGACAUGGUGGCGAAGGCGAUGGAGAAUUCAAUUUUGGCGACGUGAUGGUCUACCAAGCCAUCCACACCAUCGAGUUCGCCCUUGGCUGCAUCUCUCACACCGCCUCGUACCUCCGACUUUGGGCCCUGUCCCUCGCCCAUGCGCAGCUUUCUGAAGUACUCUGGGACAUGUUGUUGCACAUGGGGCUGACGAUGAUGACCGGUUACGGCGGCGCGGCGCUGAUGUUCGUCUUCUUCAGCAUCUUCGCCAUGCUCUCCGUCGGAAUUCUGAUUCUUAUGGAAGGGCUUUCCGCUUUCCUCCACGCCCUACGUCUUCAUUGGGUCGAAUUCCAAUCGAAAUUCUACGGCGGUACCGGCAUCCAGUUCGAGCCGUUCGCCUUCAUGAAACUGUUGCGCCAAUCCGAGGGCCUCGAAGAC